UGAUUACUCGCGAGGUACCACUAUUACUUUACAUUUCCCUACUUUCAAACCAUUCGUUUAUUUCUAGUGGUAACUCGACUCUCUUCCACUAAUGACUCUCUUGUGAAGUUGUUUUUGUUGAUAGUGUUAUUUUAAGUGGUGCUCUUAAUUCAGGAUUUUUUUUUAUCUCAUCACUGAAGUCUGAAAUGGUUUAGCGAUAAAUGGAUUUUAGAUGAUUCAAGUUUGCUUAAGUAUAUCUAUUCUACUGCGAAUAUAAAAUCAGCCGAAGAGUAAAAAAAUGUCCAAAAUAUGGAUCGCAAUGCUAGUGGCACAUUUGACCUUAGUAAAAACCUCUGCCGGGGGAAAUAUUCUGAUGAUUACAUUGGGAGGCACAAAAUCACAUAAAAUUCCGUUUUGGGAGCUAGCGAAGGGCCUAAUACCACGUGGACACAACAUUACUUUUAUCAGUGCUUUUGCUCCAGAUUUUCAUUUUCAAGGAUUAGAAGAGAUAACGCCGAUUAAUUUAGUAUAUUACGUGAGAAAUUUUACAAAUUGGGACUUGGUAGGUGCUAGAAUGAAAGGAGAGGAACCAGUUCCUCCAUUAGAUAUGGUUAGGUAUGCAACCGAGGUAUGUGAUUUGUUGCUCUCAGAAUCCGAAAUCCAGAUGUUUCUUGAAGAGAAACAUAAAUUCGAUUUAUUAAUAUUAGACGGUGCAUACCCAGAAUGUGCGCUGGGUUUCGUUUAUCAUUUUAAUGCACCGUUUAUGUACAUAAAUACUGUAGGAUUUUACACUGGAUCCUUAUCCCUUGCUGGAAAUCCUGCUCCGUAUGCCGUAACGCCAUUCUUAUCUCUAGCUUAUACGGAUAAUAUGAAUCUAUAUCAGAGGACGGCAAAUACAAUGAUGCAUUUAUUAGCGAAUGGUGUUCACUCACUAAUGGUUAGAAUGUCACUUCAAAAUAUACUCAGCAAACAUUUUGGACCUGACGUACCACAAAUAUAUGAAAUGUCCAAAAACGUAAGUUUUAUUCUACAAAACGGUUACGCUACAAUGUCAUAUCCUAGGUCUUAUUUACCAAAUGUUGCCGAAAUUGCUUGCAUACAUUGCAAGAAAUCGAAACCAUUACCAGAAGAUUUAGAAGAAUUCGUUAGAGGAGCAGGAGAUGCCGGUUUUAUAUAUUUUAGCAUGGGCUCUUCAGUUAAAGCUGCCAAUAUGCCUGUAUAUCUUAGACAGUUACUAUUUGCUGUUUUUAAAAGUCUACCUCAGAGGGUAUUAUGGAAAUAUGAAUCUGAAAACAUUUUGGAAGAUUUACCUAGUAACGUAAAAUUAGGCAAAUGGCUACCACAACAAGACAUCUUAGGUCAUCCAAAACUUAAAGUCUUCGUCACACAUGGGGGUCUCCUAAGUAUGUUCGAGACGGUGUAUCACGGAGUUCCAAUAGUAUCGAUUCCAGUCUUUUGCGAUCAUGACUCAAAUGCCGCUAAAGCUGAAAUCGAUGGAUAUGCUCUGAAACUUGACUUUUCAACUCUGACAGCAGAAAAACUACUAUGGGCCAUCCGGCAAGUUAUAUACAAUUCGAAAUAUAAGGAAGAAGUAAAGAAGAGACAAUAUUUACUAAGGGAUCAGCCAGAAACUCCGUUACAAAAAGCUGUGUAUUGGACAGAAUAUGUGAUAAGGCAUGAUGGAGCUAAGCAUCUCCAAUCGCCUGCUCGUAAUUUAGGAUUUAUAGAAUAUUAUUUAAUAGAUGUAGCUUUUGUGAUUAUUUUUGGAGCAUUUUGUUUAUAUACCAUGUUGAUAUUUACUUUGAAAUUGUUUUUAAAAUAUUUUUUAAGUAGUUCUGUAAAUUCUGUGAAAAAAAAUAUUAAAGUAGACUGACACAUUUAAUUUGGUUGUUAAUAAAUUUAUGGAUUAC